GAUAAGGAAGUUGAAAAGAAAACUGCAGGAAAAAGGUUUUAAAAAAAGAUACAAAGUCUUAGUGGAAAAAACGAAAUGUCCGGUGAGCAUGCCAUCCCAUAUGAUGAAUUGGAAAGGCGUCGCAAAGCGGCAAGCGCAGCCCGUAAAGCUUCUACAUAUACUCCGGCUGAACCGGUAAUUGAGUCUGAAGCUAUGGCGGCUAUACAUGAAAUUUUCAAUCCCAAACUAAAGUUGCCGCAAACGACUGGGCCAUACCGUCCACCCAAAGUGGUAAGCGCAAAUCACCUUGUAUCCGUACAAGAUCUGGAUAUUAGAAAAUUGGCUGAACUUAAAGAAGCUUUCCUAUUAUUUGAUACUGAUGGUGACGGUUUAAUAAGUAAAGAAGAUUUAAAAAUGACUUUUGGUGCUUUGGGUAGUCAAGUUGAGGACGAUUUUUUAGAAGAAAUGCUUAAAGAGGCCAAAGAUCCUUUGGAUGUUGAUGCAUUUUUGGAACUUAUGAGCCAACGUACCGUUGAAUUGGAUCCGGAAGAUGUUUUAUUAGAGGCUUGGAGUAAGUGGGAUUUAUAUGGUACAGGCCGAAUAGAACAAAGAAAGAUUUAUGAAGAGCUAACCAAUUUCGGAGAUAAAAUGUCAGUGGCCGAGGCAAAAGAGGCUUUACGUUAUGCGCCAUUAAUUAAACCAAAAAGUCUAGAUGACCCGCCCAUGAUAGAUUAUCCCGCCUUUUGCCGCUUAUUGAGCGGUUUAAGAAAACGUGAAGAGCCUCAAUAAUUCAAUCUUAUCAUAAAUUAACUUUAAAAGAAAAAAAUGGAAAUCAAAUUCGUAUUUAAAGUUAAAUAAAACAAAAUUAUUUGCGCAUAAUAACUAUGAAAAACGUGUAUUCUAAGUUUGCACUUAAAAAAAUUGGCUGCAAAUCAAAAAUUUUUACCGUUGCAUUACUGUGUUCUUUUUUUUCAUUCACUUGCAGCUGUUUGGACUACAUCGAGAUUUUUCCAUACCUUCGUGAACCGGUUGUUGAGAACAUAACUAUGGCAG